AGGUGCGGCGACUUACCACGAACUUGUAUGUCGAGCCACUGAACGACGUUGAAAUCAUUCGCCGCGGUACUAGGCUGGGCACAUUCCGGACCGCUGCCAACGAUGACCCCACGGUUCUCCCGGAAGCAUGCGUUGCCGUCAUAUGUAGAUGACCAGAUCAAGUGGGAACACCAUAAAAACAAGCUACCUACGGGAGGCGAGGACCGGACACCCGCCAGAAUGCUGUGGCAACGGCUCUCAUCGUGGGCUUUGCCCGCAUUGCUAUCGCUCGUGCUAGUUGUUUUGACCGGGCCUUUGACUAAGAGCUCGAGUGCAGUGGAGCUGCGCGAUGCUGAGGUCUUCCAGGAUAUCGUCGCUCGCGCAGACCCUCCGCGCCAGUCUGACAACUACACCGACGCCGUACAAUGGGACAACUACACAGUCUUCCUCAACGAUCAGCGCAUGUUCCUUUACUUUGGGGAAUUCCAUACCUGGCGUCUUCCGGUGCCCGACUUGUGGCUCGACAUCUUCCAGAAAAUGGCGGCAGCAGGGCUGAAUGGUGCCAGUGUGUAUAUACAUUGGGCAUUGACGAAUCCUGCUCCUGGGGUGCUCGACUUUGAUGAUUGGCGAGCUUUGCAACCCAUCUACGAUGCUGCCAAGCAAGCGGGUCUCUUCAUCACUCUUCGACCUGGCCCAUACAUCAACGCGGAAACCACUGCUGGAGGUAUCGCUCUCUGGGCGACCAGCGAGGUGGCCGGAACGCUGCGAACAAACGCUACGGACUACUACGAUGCGUGGACGCCUUACAUCGGAGAAGUCGCUGCUAGCGUCAUUGGCAACGAAGUUACCGAUGGUGGCCCGAUCCUGGUGAUCCAAGUCGACAAUGAAUAUUAUCAAUCGCCGGAAACGGGUGUCUACUUCGAAGAGCUGGAGUCCGCUUACCGCGAUGCUGGUAUCGUCAUCCCUUUGACCUACAACGACCCUGGAGAAGGGAAGAACUUCGUGAACGGAACUGGCGCGGUCAACAUUUACGGACUGGAUUCAUAUCCUCAAGGCUUCGAUUGUUCAAACCCUUACGUUUGGAGCCCCGUUGUAACUAACUACCAUUCAUACCACGAGACGACUAACCCCGGCGAGCCUUGGUAUAUGCCUGAGUUCCAAGGUGGCUCCUUUGACCCGUGGGGUGGACCUGGAUAUAAUGCGUGCGAGACGUUGACGGGCCCCGACUUCAUGGACGUGUUCUACAAGCAAAACUGGGCGUCUAACGUGAAACUCAUCUCGUUCUAUAUGAUCUACGGUGGAACAAGCUGGGCGGGGUUGCCUUACCCAGGAGUUUACACAAGCUACGACUACGGUUCUCCUAUUCGCGAGAACCGGGCCCUGUCGGACAAGUACGAUGAACUCAAGCGACAAGGGCUCUUCCUGCGAAGCUCGCCCGAGUUCUACAAGACCGACUGGGUGGGCGAUACGAGUACGACGAUUCCCGAUGUGACCGUCAACGGGACAGGGGUCUAUGUGACCUACCUGCGCAACCCCGAUACGGGGUCAGGGUUCUUCAUCGCGCGCCAGGAUAACUCCAGCUCUCUCGCGAACGUCACAUUCCGUAUCUCCGCCCCUACAUCUGCCGGGACGCUGUCUAUUCCGCAAACGAUCUCGUCCAUUGCGCUCGACGGCAGGCAGAGCAAGAUCAUCGUGACAGACUACUCAUACGGUGCCGACUCGCAGGUGCUCUACUCGACGGCCAGCAUCUUGUAUGCCAGCACCAUCGGCAGUCGCGAUGUCCUGUUCUUGUACGGCGACCCCAAUCAGGAAAGCGAGGUGGCCCUGACACUGUCUGGCAACGGCACACGCGCGAAUGCGUCCGAAGCGUCGUUCUCCGGGGACGCCAGCACUGGCCCCGUUACGGUCACGCUGCUGUCGGGCAUUCAGGGCGUAGUGACUGUCUUCGAGUCCGCCUCACAGCUCGUGCUAUACGCUGACUCCGUUACCGCCGCUACAUUCUGGGCACCCGUCAUUCCGUCUGCAACCGCCGCUACAUUCAACAACUACUGGCAAUUCGGGUCGAACGAGUCCGUGCUCGUCGGUGGGCCAUACCUCGUCCGCAACGCCAGCAUUUCCGCGGGACAACUUGCUCUCCGGGGCGACCUGAACCAGAGCGUGAUGCUCACGGUCGUGGCACCGGAGGACGUGACGUCUGUGACCUGGAACGGUGCUGAGGUCCAGACGGCUUCGCUGACGUCGACGGGUGGUAUACUGAGCGGUUAUCUCCAAACAAGCACUUCGUUGAGCUCGAUCAGCGUGCCCGCCUUGACAGGGUGGAAGUACGCAGACAGCCUGCCGGAGGUGUCUGCCAACUACUCGGACGCGGAGUGGACGGUUGCGAACCACACGACGACGAACAUCCCGGGUUACCUGUACGGUGACGGUCGGAUACUGUUUGGCUGUGACUACGGCUUCUGUGAGAACAUUGUUCUCUGGCGGGGCCAUUUCAACGGCACCGAGUCGUCGAAGUCCGUCAACCUCACCAUCAAUGGUGGACAAGGUUUCGCCGGAUCUGUCUGGUUGAACGGCCAGUUCCUCGACUCAACAUGGAGCAUACCAAAUGAACAGACGACUCAAGUCUAUGCCUUCCCGGCGGGUUCCGUGCUCAUCGGGCAGGACAAUGUGAUCACUGUCAUACAGGAUGGAUCAGGCAACGAUGAGUCCCCUAAUGAAAAGUCGCCCCGCGGUAUCCCUGGCUACCAGCUCAACGCCGGAAACUUCACCGAAUGGCGCGUUCAGGGCAAGCUCGGUGGUUACACAGACUAUCCGGACAAACUCCGUGGAGUGCUCAACGAGGGCGGCUUGUACGGCGAACGCCAGGGCUGGCACCUCCCAGGAUAUGACACGUCCGACUGGACCGCGCGGAACUUGUCCGAGGGCCUCCCGUCUAGCGGGCCAGGUGUCGGCUUCUUCGUCACGACGUUCGACCUCUCCAUUCCCGAGGAGACGGACACGUUGAUCUCGUUCCAGUUCGACACCACUAAUCAAACGUACCGGGCGCUCCUGUUUGUCAAUGGGUGGAACUACGGCAAGCGCGUUGCCAACAUCGGGCCCCAGACGAAGUACCCGGUCCCUCAGGGCAUUCUGAACUACCAAGGGACGAACACUAUUGCUGUCGCGUUGUGGGCAUUGGAGGACGAGGCUGUGGCUCCCACUCUCGACCUCGUCGUCGACGAUGUGAUCGAAGGAGGCGUAGGACCGAUCGCUGUGAACAAUCCUUCAUGGUCUCCACGCGAUGCGGCAUGAAGCCGCUGCGCAUAUGAGUUCGCGCGAGAAUGUCAUACGAACAUAUCUUGGGUAUCAGCAGCAUACGAAUGAAAAUGACCUGAUUAUUCCCCACCAAAUACAUGUCUUGCAGUGUCACCACAUGUACAAUGCCAGGUGUCAAAUGGAAGAGUUUGUACACCAGCUUACAGCGACUCGAACUAUUCAUCGAACGCAGAUAUAUGAUCAAUCGGCAUGAAGAUCCAUCAUAUCUAUAUACUGCUAUAGAUCAAUUACUUACAACUGGGCAAUCAGGCAGGCGACACAGCAAUCGUUCCGGUCAGA